CUUUAGCGUCUUUUGACUCGAUCUCGAUUCGAAUUUCAAUUUCAUUUCAUUCCCUCGAUUGAGGCGGUCGCGAAUAGUUCGUAUCGGCGCAAAAAACAAAAGUGUCCCUAACAAAGUGUCCAACAAGUGCAACAAGUGAGAAUAGUGCAAAGUGAUGAAGCCUUAGAAGAGGCCAACCAAAAAAAAGGAUAAUAUAAAAAUAGACAAAAGUGAAUCCAUAUUAGAAAACAAUGAGCAACAGGGACACAGGUCACAGCAAUGGCGCCUACACAGGCUCGGAGGUGUCAUUGGAUAUACCCACCAAUACAUUGUAUCACACAUCCCGCGACUGCAUUAUCGAGGGCGAGGAGGAGCCAGCCAAGUCAAGUGGUGGUUGCCUCGACUGCCUAAGAAGCACUUGCUCCAAUAUUUUCCGCAAGAAGACGCUCUACAAGCGCUUCCCUAUUCUGGUCUGGCUGCCACAAUACAAAAAGGAUUACAUAUUUGGUGACAUUGUGGCGGGCAUCUCGGUGGCCCUGACUGUUAUACCACAAGCUCUGGCGUAUGCUGGAAUUGCUGGCUUGGAUUUGCAAUAUGGAUUGUAUGCCUGUUUCUUGGGUUGUUUCAUCUACAUCUUCAUUGGAUCCAGCAAGGAUGUGCCCAUUGGACCAACUGCUAUUUCAGCUUUGCUUUCGUUUCAAAUCGCAGGAGGAAGCUGGCAAAUGGCGACAUUGCUGACCUUUCUCACUGGCAUAAUAGAGAUCUUGAUGGGCGUAUUUCGACUUGGCUUCCUCAUAGAUUUCGUCUCUGGCCCUGUGGGAGCGGGCUUCACCAGUGCCGUCUCCCUGAUCAUCUUCAGUUCACAAAUGAAGGAUUUCCUGGGCAUACAAACCAGUGGCAAUACGUUUCUUCAGGUGUGGAUCAGCAUUAUCAAUGAUAUUCACAACAUUAGUUGGCCCGAUUUUGUCUUGGGCCUCAUAUGCAUCACAGUGCUCCUCAGUUUGCGUGCUUUGGCCAGUUGCAGUGUCGGACCCAAGGAGGGCAAGUCGUCGGGUCAGCAACUUCUAACGGGUAUCAUGUGGACCAUUGGAACUGCUAGAAAUGCUCUGUUAGUUUGUAGCACAGCCGGCUUGGGUUACUGGCUAUCGAUUAGUGGCAAAGAGGAUCUCGUACGAACUGUGGGCUUUGUGCCCAAAGGAAUGCCCACAUUCCAGCCGCCACCAUUCCACAUGGAUCCUGUGGUGAAUGAAACAACGGGCGAGAUAUUGCAAGAUGCUCAAAGCUUUUGGGAUAUGGUCAGCACACUGGGUUCUGGCCUUAUUGUGGUGCCUCUAAUUGCUUUGCUUGAAACAAUGGCGGUGGUGCAGGCUUUUGCUGAUGGUAAGCCCACAGAUGCCACUCAAGAGCUAAUUGCCUCUGGAGUUUGUAAUGUGGCCAAUUCCUUUGUCCAAGGACUACGCAGCAAUGGUGGAGUGGCUCGUGGAGCCAUCUUAAAUGCCAGUGGAGUGCGCACUCAGUUGUCGAAUCUGUAUACCAGUGUGAUUGUCAUCAUUGCUCUACUCUACCUCACUCCAUGCUUUUAUUAUAUACCCAAAGCCGCUCUGGCGGCCAUUAUCAUUGCAGCUGUAAUCUUUAUGGUCCAAUUCCGGGUCAUUAAGCCCAUGUGGCAUAGUAAAAAAACUGAUCUCAUACCCGGACUGGGAGCAUUCUUUGCCUGUCUGGUUCUACCUUUGCAAUUGGGCAUUCUGGUGGGCAUUGGCAUCAAUGUGGUCUUCAUUCUAUAUCAGGCAGCACGACCCAAACUGCGCAUUGAGACCCUGGCGACUACAAGUGGGCUGAGAUAUCUUAUGCUAACACCAGAUCGUUGCCUUAUCUUUCCAUCCAUGGAGUUUGUACGUAAAGUGAUCAACAAACAGGGUGUCAAGUCCACUCUGCCCGUGGUUAUCGACUGCACUCACAUUUAUGGAGCCGAUUUCACUGCGGCUAAGGUGAUUUCCACCAUGGUCACAGACUUUGCUCUGCGGGAGCAGCCGCUCUUCUUCUACAACCUGCAGCCGCGUGUGGCUCAGGUGUUCGAAGGACUCAACAAGGAUCUGGUUGUGAUCUAUGAUAUUAACACUCUGCAUGCCAAACUGGCCGAGAAGACGGCGCUUUAAGCGCCAGCUGAAGAUGAUGGUCAACCAAUGCAACCUCGUUAUACGAUAUAAUGUAGUCUUAUUGUUAGUUUUCUCUAGACUCAAUCUUCCAAUGCCUUUUGGGCGAGGCCAGCGGCUUGUAGUAGUUUGGUAGAUGGCCAGAGACGGCAACCCACGCAAAAUAGUCCAAAACUAUUUAUUAUCUUAAUUAGCAUUUAACUUUAAGCAAUCUUUUACUAUUAUAUAUUAUAUUUAUUUGUUUUGUGAAUUUGAUUUUUGGCAAAAUGUUGUGAAUUUUGUUGAACGAAAUUCACAUUGUUUUGUUGCGACUCAUGGAUUUUUUUUUAUUUGUUGUAUCUGCUGUGCAUAGUAUUAGUAUUGUAUUAUACAAAUCCAAAAACCAGACAACAAUUGAGUAUUAGUUUUAGAUACUUAAAUAUAAAUAAAGACACGAAUUAAGUAAUUCCAAGAAGAGCUUCUGCCUCCAGCAGAAGCGUUAACAUAAACGAAUGAUGUAAUACAAAUAUAUUUUGCUCGAAGGUUAA